CAUUUUACCAACACCCAUAAUAUAAACCUUACAUACAUACAUUACUUAUUGUUUAACAAUGGUUAUAUUUAGACCUAAAUUUGUCAAAUAUGCAUUGAAUAUGCAUUUAUGAAGAUUAUUUUCAUUUUUUCCUUAGCCAAAAAAAACGUUAUAGUCCCGCAUUUUAAAAAAGAAGCCCGCACUAAAGCUUCCUAAGUUUCAAGAUGGACGACUGUACGCUAGAAAAACUUGUCAUUAAACCAGGCAAGUUAUCGCCAAGUUUUAACAAGAACCACCUCGAGUACGAAGUAACAGUGCCAAGCAAUGUAACAAAAAUCAAUAUUGAUCCAUUGGCAAGUGACUCCGGUGCAUCAUACUGUAUAUUCGGAGGAGAUGGGGGCAAGGAUGUCCCCCUCAAAGAAGGUGCAGUGACAGAUAUAAAGAUUGAGGUGACUUCUGAAGAUGGGACAAUAAAACAUUAUUUCAUACACGCAAAGAGGUUGUCAGCCAAAGAUGCUUUCCUCAGUGAUCUGCAGUUAUCAGUGGGAAAUAUCAGUCCUGAGUUUAAUCCAGACGUCCUCAGUUAUUCCUGUCUUCUUCCUUGUAAUGUUGCUGAAGUUGUACUUAAACCAGUGGCCCCCGAUACUAAAAACGUUGUGCUUGUUUGCGGGGGAAAACCAGGCACUCCAACUGCACUGAAUGUUGGUGAAACAAAUUGUUCUGUAGAGGUGACAUCAGCUGAUGGCUCAAACAAAAAGACUUACAUCGUGGAUGUGAUCAGAAAACAGAUUCCCCGAUUUGUGAAGUUGUUGGAUGAAAAGCUGGCUAAAGAAUUUGAAUGUCCAUUUACUCUGAGUGUUCUUUAUCGUCCAAUCACCAUAAGAGGAAGUAAUCCGAAGAACACAUACUCUGCUCCAAAUAUUGAUGAGAAAACACGCAAGUCUAAAAUUGACCCAUUGAGUGGGAUGCCAUUAGGAAAGGACUGGAGAAUUGUGGAUUAUGAAUUGGAUAAAAAGAUUGCAGUUGCAAUGGCUACAAUUCCACUUACGAAUAAAAAGAUGUUGGAUCCAGCUAAGUUUUCAGAGCUGGCAGCAGAAAUUGAAAAGUGCAACAUUGCUCCUCCAGUGGAAGACGUCACUGACAAAUUCAAAAGUGUAACAGCUCCUCUGAACCAUUCUGUACAGGUCAGAAAAUGGGAGAAAAACUUGCAACAGAUUUUUGAUGAAACUGAUGUUACUGAAAUGUGUAAAAAUGCAGACUCCUUUUUAAGCAAAUAUUUUGAGUCUCUACCAAAAUCAGGACAGUCUAUGCAGUGGGCUCAUGGAGAAACACCAUUAGAUUUUUUGGAUAAUGCUGCCUAUAAUUUUGCCAGUGCCAUUAAAUUCAAACCAAAAGAUGCAGCCCUGCACUUGAAGCUUGGGCAAGUGCUUGAAGAAAGAUAUUAUGCUGAAGAUUUAUUUGGUCUCAAAAAAGAGGAGGGUGGGGAGUCCUUGCCAUCCUUCAACUUUGAAGCCAAAGAGAGUUCAAAAGAGGAGGAGUGUGCAGCCAUUUGUAAAUUACGCGGGGUGGACAGUGCUUCUGCCCCGAUAGCUCUACAACUGAAGGCCAUUGAUGAGGAAUAUCAUCAUCUUCUGAACAAUAACCAGAGUGGCAAGGCAGACCAUGUUAUGGGUUUAUUUGUGUGGAAAUCAAAGCAGGCCUCUCAGGAAGGAAUGGCUGCCCAGAAAGCGCAGGAUGAGGAGUCUUCAUUGGGACAAGCCUACCUAAAAUACAUGGAUGCACUGACCUUAGAUGAAUCCAAGGCCAUCUACAACUUUCAUGUGGGACGUAUGCUUGUGAUACAGGGGAACUUUGACGAUGCUGUGAAAAGACUGGAAGUGACGCUGAACUGGAACCCUAAACAUCAGUUUGCCAAGUUCUAUUUGGGACUGGCACUUGCUUUGCAGAAAAAUGGACCUGGUGCCAGAUCUAAAGAAACAAUCCUCUAUCUGCUGGAGGCCAUGGAAACGCUCCUGACACAACAUACAAAGGCAGCCAUGACCUCAGAUGACCCCAGAGAUAUACCACCUGUACUUCAUUCAGACAAUUUGUUACGAUCAUCAAAUGUUCAUCUCCUGCGAGGAAUUGUCAAUGUAGGAAAGCUGUUACAGAGGAAUACCGAUGUCACAGACUGCAUGUCACCAGAACACAUAUUUCAUACCUCAGCCCUGCUGGCCUCCCAGGUCCUCCCCUAUAUAGCACGCGGAGACACCUAUAAACAGCUGGAGUGGGUGCUCCUGGAAUCCCACUCACAUCUACUGGACAGCCUGUUUAAGGACCCUGUGAAGAAUGCAGAUCUGAUAGAACAGCGCUGCCAGAGACUGUCUGCACUCAUCAUGAAAUCCACUCUACCAAUGAAUGAAGACUUGCUCAAUCUCCAAGAACAGACGUGUCAGAAGCUGGUGAACCUGAAUCCCUGCAGUAGUCUAUCUCUGUACAGACUGGGGGCCUCACAGUUUGCCAAGUAUGAGAACUGUCCCCCCGGGGACACCGCUAACAAAAUCCUGAACCAGUCCAUGAAGUCUUAUCAGGCCUGUAUCAGUAUGGAAGGAAAACCCGCCGCGGGAGGUCCCCCAGAGGCACUGACAGAACAGCAAUGGUGGCAAGAUAAAGUAAAAGCAGAGGAAGAGGCCAAAAAGGCAGAAGAAGCAAAGAAAGCUCCGCCACCAGCUGCCAAAGGAGGGGCAGCAAAACCUGCCCCUGCUGCCAGGGGAGGAGGGGCCGCUGGGAGAGGAGCACCUGCCCCUCGAGGGGCACCAGCAGCCCGGGGGAGAGGGGCACCUCCUACACAAGCCAGGGGUGGUGCAGCUGCAGGAAGAGGAGGGGCCACUAGAGGUGGGGCUGCUGCUAAGGCUCCUGCAGGGAAAGCGGCUCCUGCUCCAGCCCCAUCUAAACCUCCAGGUAAAGGUACACAUCAGUGUGACACUACGCCCCCAUCGAAACCCCCAGCAGGUAAAGCCACUGAACAACCAAAGAAAGAAGAAACCAAACCAGAACCUGCCCCAGAGCCUAAACCAGCUGACAGUAAACCAGCCCCAAUCAACCAGAAAACUUACCAUCCCAGACUUGGCCUGGCCCGAGCUUACAGAGCAACAGGAGAAAUUGACCAAUCAAAGAAGUUCUACAAUGAAGUCAUGGCUAUGGCACCAGAAGUUCAUGAUGCCUGCAUUGAAUUAGCAGAAAUGUUAGCAAAGACAGAUCCGAAGGGAGCUGUGGAUGUAUAUUGUAAAUUCCACAUCUCUGACCCCCCGACGUUUGACGAUGGCUACAUCCUGGGUGAGAUAGUGCGGCUUCUGAUGAAGGCCGAGGAUUACGAGGAUAAGAGACUGGUGAAGAACAUGAUCCUCUAUGGAAAAGUUUACGGCUUAGCUGUUCUGGAGAAGUAUGUGAAAAUUUUAGAAGAAAAAUUCAAGAAUAAAGUCCUACAGGAGGUUUAUGCGGGUGUGAAUGGUAAAUCUGUGGACGAUCCAGAUAUGCAGGCGUUCUUUAAAUUUAAAUGUUGGCUGUAGAUUACUUGUUAUUAUUACAGUAAUACAUAGACUAUGAAAAUCUCUCUCUCUCUCUCUCUCUCUUUAUGUAUUUUUAAGCAUUUUUUGAAAAGGGUAACUGACUGCAUAACUUCCGUGUGAUUUCUACCUGUGGGAUUCUGUGUAAUUGCAUAUUUUAGUACAUGUACAGUAUAUAAUUACACCGAGUUAAUAUUUAUUGCUGGUUUAGUUCUAAUAGAUGAUUGAUUUGAUUACCUUAGACGAGAGUAUGUGUUCUAUCUGUUAUGAAGAAUCUCAGUCAUUGCUUAGUGUCAGUAAAACAAUUUUUCCAAUUAUUUGGAAAUUCGGAUACAUGUAUUUCUAUGUGUGCAUUAAUUAGUAUUGCUUGUAAGGACAACUCAAUGAUUUUUGUGUGUAUUGAGUCUGAAUCAAUGAUUUUUAUUUGAAGUAUACAUAAUAUUUUUUUGUUUUUGUGAAGUAUACAUAAAAAUAAAAUUUAAAGUCAGUCAUUGAAAGAAUUUCUGUGAAAUGUGCCAAAUAACAGAGAUCUAUAUUUUGAUAUGUGACUUAUGGGGUUAGUAUAGGCCUAUUGACUAUAUAUAAUAACAAUAAAGUGAUAUUAAAACAAAUAAAA